AUGAUGGAGCUGCUCGUGCGGCGAGGUACCACGUGCAUUCUUAGCGUGAUUCCACGUGCUGGUUUUCCGGCGAACGACUACAAGCUCCGGUCGUGCACAUCUUUCGCCAGCCCUCGAGGGCCAACACUCUCGAUCAGGCGGUCACGCUGGCCGCUUCGCACACUGCACUGCGCCAAAAAAUCCUGUUUAUUUUCUUCAUCUUCUAUCUCCUUCUCCCCCUCCUCCCCCCGGCCGCUCCAAGGGCUUCGGUGUCUCGAACUCUGUUCCGUGCUCGCGGGACCCUCGGUGGGGCAGUUUCUCGCGGAACUGGGUUGCGACGUGAUUAAAGUCGAGAAUCCGAAAACCGAGGGUGACGUCACCCGAAGAUGGAAAACGCAAGGCAGCAAGUGCGAGCCCUCCAGCUACUUCCAAGGCUGCAACCUCGGGAAGCGCUCAAUUUCGCUCGAUCUGAAAGCAAGUGAGGAUUACGAAAUUUUCCACAAGCUGCUCCGAAAGUCGGACAUUGUGCUGGCGUCCUACAAGACGCAGGCCGAAGUACAGAGGUUAAGAAUCGACUACGAAACGUGCGUGCAGGCGGUAGAACUUGAUGAACUACAAGGGAAAAUAAACAAAUGUGGACGAGGAACGAACCCAGAUCAUGAGGAACUGAAAUCGGAACAACAAGAAGAAUCGUUUUAUUCCAAACCACAGCACCAGCAUCCUGGGCUCAUCUACGGGGCGAUAACGGGUUACGGUGGUACGACUGACCAGCGUGCGGGCUACGACGCCUGCAUUCAAGCGGAGGCUGGCUUCAUGUUUCUAAAUCGGGAGUCGGUAGAUACUACACCGCUGAAAAUGCCCGUCGCACUGAUGGACCUGCUCGCGGCACACCAGCUGAAACAGGCGAUCCUGGUGGCGCUCUACGAGCGCCAGCAGAUGAACAACUACGGAAGUAGGGGGAGAGCUGCACGAGAGGAAGCGGAAGCAGAUUCAAAAUUGGCGGGGGAAGGUGGAGCAUCAUGUAAAGCGAACCCAGAUGAAAGCCGCAAUGCACCUAACCUGCCGCGCGUUUUACCUCACCCACCGGCGGCCCACCAUAAAUUUGUCGAGGUGUCUCUGCUGCGUUCUGCGGUCACCGCACUGGCGAACCAGGCGAGUGCGUACGUUCUGGAAAAGAAAAUUCCGCAGCCUUUAGGGUCGGAUCACCCGUCGAUUGCGCCCUACGGAACGGUGUUUUACGAUAAGGAGCGAAAACCCUUUGUCCUGGCGGUCGGGACCGACGCGCAGUUCGCAAAGCUGUAUAGCGAAUUUCUGCAAGAAGACCAGGAUGAUAUAGUUGAUGAUUCUGGUACAGACAGUACCGAGAGGACCCGGUCAUUGUACACAGAAGAGACGGCAACAUCAUCAUCCCCAACUACAGCAUUACCCGCUGCUGUAGUUUCUACUUCACCGAAUAGGGCUACUACCUCACUUAACGUUCCUGAAAAGUGGAAAACCAACGUGCAGCGCUGCGCCGACCGCGAGGCAUUGAAAAGGAGUCUGCAACAAAGCUUCGCGCAGCGGGACCGACAGGCGCUUUUGGAGAAGUGCGGGCAACUGGGGAUCCCGGCUGGCGCCGUGAACGACUUGCGCGAAGUUUUCGAACAUUCGGAAGCGCAGAAAGCAUUGGUGCAGAUCGGGGAAAAUCGAUACGUGUCGCAAGUGGCGUGGACCGAGCCGGCAAUAAGGAUAUGGAGCGAAAAUGAAGAAAAGAAUUCUAGAACAGAGAUAGGAAAUGCUUUCCAGAACAACCCCGGCAUGAUCACGGAGUUUUUACUUCGCCCCCCGACUUUCUCGGCGGGGGAGCAUUCCGCAGAAAUCAAGGCAGAACUUGUUGAGGAGGAGACCAGCGAAGUAGAAGUGCUUGCGACAUCCGAUUUUUGUUGA